GCUCAAUAUGAUUCCAGCAGAAUUGAAGUUUAUCUAAGCAAUCAAUCGAUGAAAUAGGCCAUUUGAAGCCCACAGAGCGAAUGUUACAACGACUGUACACUACAGGAGCCCUUCUUUAGUGUGAGCAUUAUGUUGAACCCACAGGAUGCACAGUACGUGAACAGUCAGCUCCAGAUGCUCGGGUAUAAAAACCAUCGAGAUGUAAGUGAUGAUGUUUGCCGCACACUGACUGAAUACCCGAGUCUCAAACCGAAGACAGAACUUUACACCACAAACGAUGGCCGAAGUAGACAACUGCUAAACUUAUCAGGUACUCUGCCCAUCGACUAUAGGGGGUCCAGGUAUAAUAUCCCCGUGGUUGUCUGGUUAUUAGAUGUACAUCCCGAGAUCCCUCCGGUCGUAUUUGUAGUACCUACAGCAAAUAUGUUGGUCAAAGCGGGUCAGCACGUGGACAACGACGGACUUGUAUACCACCCAUACCUGUCGUCCUGGGCGCGAGGGAGUACGUUAUCCGGACUGAUGUACUACUGCCGAGAAGUUUUCAGCUUAUCUCCGCCAGUUUACGCCCGGCCACAGAAUCAACCCUCAGUACAAAGAAACCAAUCAAUGCCCCCGAAUCAUGGUGGGUACGGAGGGGCAAGUAGCUACGCUGCAGCACAGCCUCCCGCCGGGUUUGCGGCACAACCACCUGGUGGCUUCGGGGGGUAUGGCCCUCCCUCUAAUUUCGGACCUCCAGCAAACUUUGGUAGAACGUUGUCGACCAGCGAGAUGGCUACCGGGUUUAAACCUCCCGCAUCCAUCACACCUCCAGCGAUGCCGGUAAGACCUCCUGAUAUAUACAGUGCAACGCAGCAACAACAGUCGGCACAACACAAGCAACAGCCAAACGAGCAGAAUGAGGUUGACAAUGCGAUACACGACGAUGUCUUACUGAUGUCUCUCAGGAGUGCCGUAGCUGAUAGACUUUCGAGAGAAGUGCCGCUGAUAGAUUCGGAGAAUAGUACAGUGAUGAACCACGAACUGGAGAGUUCGUCUACUCUCUCGAGCAGUAGCAGAAAAUUAGAGUCCAUGCUUGAAUAUAUUACGAGUGAAGAGUAUCGCAUUGACACACAGCUGAAAGAAUACACGAGGAAAACUGCUGAAAUAAAAAAGUCUCUAGUAACUAUGAAAGAAUCGGAGGGUGAGGAACAAGAUCUCGAGUCAAUGACGAGACCCAAAUAUGCAUUGUAUAAUCAAUUAAUAGAUGCGGUGGCCAAGCAUCACGCCGUUGAAGAUGUGGUGUACUAUCUCGGUAAGCGUUUGUACCGAAAAGAUGCCGACGACGACAUAUUCACACUGGACAAAUAUAUGAAAUACAUUCGGCAGCUAUUUCGCGAGGAAUUCCAUCACCGCUCCACGAUUAAAGUGGCUAGGAAAGAGGCUGGCCUGCCAGAGUAUAUAUAGUUGAGCUCAAUCCAUCCGUAUGGCGCGGUUCUGUGGUUGCGGCUAUAAAUAACUACGAAAAGUAGCCAUUCAGUUCAGGUUCACAUGGAGCUCUAGCAAGAAACAAUUUCAAUGCGAUUCGUAAGUCGUAACAUGAAAAUAUAUUCGGAGUUGCAUUCAUAUACACCUUUUACCCUUAAAGGCAAUCAGUUUCACAUUUUUUAAAUCCUUCAUUUAAUAAAUAAUGGAUUAGUACACGCCACAAUGAAC